AUGGCAGGAUACGUCAAACCAAUUCCCGCGGCCACCGGCGGCCUGGCCUUUUCCCGACUACAGUCCGACGACAUCAGAAGGAUUUCGGUCAAGAGAAUCCAUGUCACUCCAGCUCUGGAUUCCAUGUUUGGUCCGAUACCAGGAGGUCUGCAUGAUCCCGCACUAGGUGCUAUUCAGGCGCUGGAUGCAAACUGUUCUACAUGUCGCAUGAAUGCAAUCCACUGCACCGGGCACUGCGGACACAUUGAACUUCCCGUCACUUGCUACCAUCCACAAUAUAUCGACUCUACCCUCCGCCUCUUACGUGCGAAAUGUGCCUACUGUCAUCGGUUCAAGGCGGCGGAGAACUUCGUCAACCAAACAGUGUGCUCACUCCGAUUGCUGCAGUAUGGGCUGGUGGAGGAUUACCACAAAAUCCAGAGCAUUCACCUCAGAGGAGGACUGCCAAGGACACCGAAGAAGACAAGCUCGGACCAAAUGGUGGAAGAUGUGAUGGAACUCGAGCCAGAUGAAGAGAUCGCGGACCUUAUUGACCGGAGAACGAGGAUGACGAACCGGGCUAUCAGAUCCGCUCGCAAGGAGAACCGUAUCGAUGACCAGGCCCUGAUCCGAAAUCCCAUAGCCAUUUCUGCCCGGAAGGAUGUCAUUGCAGGUUUCCUCAGGGAAGUCCCCAAUCUGAAGAAAUGCGCCAACUGCGGCGGUGCCAACACCCCGUAUAGAAAAGAUAGAAGCGUCAAGAUCUUCAGGUUACCACUUGCAAAGAUGCAAAAGGAUGCCAUGUAUGUCCUUGGGAAAAAGGCGCCGAACCCUCUUCUGUUUCUCCGGUCCGAGCAGACUCAGAAAGAGGAAGUGAAAAAGACCACCAUCGUCAAUGGAGUCCAUGACGAGGACAUCGAGAUGUCCGAUGGCGACGAGGCAGAGCAGACAGAAUUACAUGGAGCAGAGGAAGAAAUCGCCAUGCGCAAUGCGUUAGAGACAUCAUCAAAGUCAAAGAACGCCGAAAUCGAGGAUGAAGACGAUGUACAAGCGUAUAUGACAACGAGUGAGGUUCACGCUGCGCUCACUUUACUGUUUGACCGAGAGCAGGAAGUCCUUCAGUUGCUGUAUGCCUCUCAGCCUGGUCGAAAGGCCGUUCGGGUAUCUCCGGAUAUGUUUUUUGUCACAGCAGUGCUUGUUCCACCGAAUCGUUAUCGCCCUUUGGCAAGACAUGGGCCCAACCAGAUGCUGGAGAAUCAGUUAAAUGCUACCCUCAACAAAAUUAUCAAAGCGGCAGGUGAUGUUCAGCGCAUCUCACGAGAGUCGAAAAGAGCAAAGGUCGACCCAACCGUCAGACCUCGGAAUUUGAACGAGAGCCUGCAAGCCGCAAUCGUCCUUCAAGAGGCGGUCAAUGCCCUUAUUGAUUCCCCCGUACCUGUAUCCGGCAGACCAACUGACCAAGGCAUAAAGCAAAUUCUGGAGAAGAAGGAAGGUCUUUUCCGAAUGCAUAUGAUGGGGAAGCGCGUCAACUUCGCUGCUCGCAGUGUCAUAUCGCCCGAUCCGAACAUUGAAACCAACGAAAUCGGCGUACCUCUAGUUUUCGCGAAGAAGCUGACCUAUCCCGAACCGGUGACAAGUCACAACUUUGAGGAAUUAAGCAAGGCAGUGAUCAAUGGCACCGAAAAGUACCCAGGAGCGGCAGCCAUUGAGAAUGAGAACGGGAUGGUUCUCAGCCUGAAGCGCAAGACGAUCGAACAAAGGAGAGCCCUAGCAAAACAGUUAAUGACAUCGACUGUCCCCGGGGCGAAGGGGGAGAAUGGCAAGAAAGUAUACCGGCAUCUUCAGACGGGCGACGUGGUCAUCAUGAAUCGUCAACCUACUCUGCACAAGCCCUCCAUGAUGGGUCACCGUGCCCGCGUGUUAACGAAUCAAAAGACCAUUCGAAUGCAUUAUGCCAACUGCAACACCUACAACGCCGACUUCGAUGGUGACGAGAUGAACAUGCAUUUCCCUCAGAAUGAGCUAGCGCGAACUGAGGCUCUUCAAAUCGCAGAUACGGAUCACCAGUAUCUUUCCGCGACUGCCGGUAAACCGCUGCGUGGGUUGAUUCAAGACCAUAUAUCUAUGGGCGUUCAGUUUACCAGUCGAGACGUAUUCUUCGAUCGAGAUCAGUAUCAGCAGUUGCUUUAUAGCUGUCUCAGGCCUGAAGAUUACAAUACCGUGUUCGACAAGAUCCAACUGGUGGAGCCAGCAAUAUUAAAGCCCAAAAUGAUGUGGACUGGCAAGCAAGUCAUCACGACAGUAUUGAAAAAUAUCACGCCGGAGAGAUUUCGUGGCAUCAACCUUACCAGUAAAUCAUCAACGUCGUCAGACUCAUGGGGCGAAAAGACGUCUGACGAACCCGAGCAAUGGACUGUUAGCAGGAACAAGAUAGUGUUCAGAGACACGGAGCAAGUCGUCAUUUUCAAAGACGGUGAGCACCUUUGCGGAAUUCUCGACAAGAGCCAACUUGGCCCCAGUGCAGGAGGUCUCAUCCACUCAGUGCACGAAAUCUACGGACACAUCACUGCGGGCAAAUUGUUGAGCAUCCUCGGCCGACUUCUCACAAGAUUUCUCAAUGAGCGCGCCUGGACGUGUGGAAUGGAUGAUCUCUAUCUCACACCUCAAGGUGACAAUGAACGGCGACAGGAACUGAAUAAAGCAAAACAGAUCGGCCUGGAGGUCUCAACGGAGUAUGUGACGUUGAAAUCCGGCGAGGCCGACCAAGAAAACCCUGAACUCCUCACCCGGCUUGAAAACGUGCUCCGUCACGAUGAGCAGCUCAAUGGUCUGGACCAGGUUUACAAGGCCAAAGUCAAAUCAAUCACGGACAACAUUUCCAAAGCCUGUCUGCCGGCUGGUCUUCGAAAGCCAUUCCCUCGAAACCAGAUGCAAGCAAUGACGAUUUCUGGGGCCAAAGGGUCCAGCGUGAACGCAAAUCUCAUUUCUUGCAAUCUUGGUCAGCAGGUUCUGGAAGGACGUAGAGUUCCGGUCAUGGUCAGUGGUAAGACACUACCAUCCUUCCGAGCUUUUGAGACGGAUCCUGCAGCUGGUGGAUAUGUAUCAGGGCGAUUCUUGACAGGUAUCAAGCCACAGGAAUAUUAUUUCCACGCCAUGUCUGGCAGAGAGGGCUUGAUCGAUACAGCCGUGAAAACGUCCAAAUCUGGUUACCUACAGCGCUGUAUCGUUAAGGGGCUCGAAGGUCUUCGAACAGAGUAUGACACGUCAGUACGAGAGAGUUCGAACGGGAGUAUUGUUCAGUUCCUGUACGGAGAAGAUGGACUCGAGGUCACCAAGCAGAAGCAUCUGAAAGAAUUCACUUUCCUCGCUGAAAAUCACCAGUCUGUCGCGACACUUAUGAAUGCGGAAGAAGUGAUUCCCAAACUCCCGCAGUCGGAGUUGGAUGAAGAGCAGAAGAAAAUCCUCAAGUCACUGAAGAAAUCCAAGCAAAAAGACCCGUUGACAGCUUCCUUCAGCCCCGCGAGCCAUUUCGGAAGCACCUCAGAGUCAUUUGCGACAGCCUUGACUGAAUACCUCAAGAAGGACCCGAACAGACUUAUUAGAGACAAGAAGACAAAUCCGGACGGGACACUUGGCAAGAAGACCUUUCGAGCCCUUAUGGAUUUAAAGUACAUGAAAUCCAUCGUUGAGGCCGGGGAGGCCGUCGGAGUUGUCGCAGCACAAUCUGUGGGAGAACCUUCUACCCAGAUGACACUGAAUACUUUCCACUUGGCUGGCCAUUCGGCAAAGAACGUCACCCUCGGUAUUCCUCGAUUGCGGGAGAUCAUUAUGACUGCUAGUGCGAACAUAAUGACCCCAACGAUGACACUCAAGCCCAUCGAAGAGUUGAACAAUACUGAAGGAGAGCGCUUUGCCAAAAGCAUCAGCCGCUUGCCGCUCUCUCAUGUCAUUAGUGACAUGUCCGUCACCGAGAGGACUGGCGGCGGGGCAGGGCACGAGAACGAAAGAAUCUACGACAUUCGAAUAGACUUGUACGAACCAGAGGAAUACGAGGAGGAGUAUGCCAUCAAAAGGGCGGACGUCCAACGAUGCUUUGAAAGGAUGUUCCUUCCGAGAUUGGAUAAGAUGAUCAAGGCCGAAUUCAAGAAGAAGGCAAAAGAGGCCAACCGCUCGGAAGUUACGGCGGCUGUCCCAAAUGUCGGCGCGUCGGUCGGGGUCGACGAGGGAGCCAGGACAAGAGCUCCAAGAGCUACUGAAAACGAAGGUGGGGAAGACGACAUCGAUGAAGACGCUGAUCCAGACGACGCCAAAGAUAUGGCUGCCAGACGCAGAAGAGAGAACACAUUCGACGAGCCUGAUGAGGAGGAAGAAGCCAUAGCGCGGGAAUCAGGCGAUGAAGCCAUGAGUGAUGACGACGGCGACAUGGACGAGGAAGAAAAGAAGUUGCGCGCCAGUCAAAAGGCUAAGAAAUAUCAGAAUGCUCAAAACCUUCGUGAACUGGAUCCAGACGAUGAGGCAGAUGACGCCGAAGAUUCGGCAGAUGAAGCCCGACUCAACCAGUUGAAGAGCCAACUCGAUCACCUCAAACGUUUCAUCUUCGCAAGAAACCAGGGCAAGUCCUGCCGCAUUGUCCUCAGCUACAGCUCUCGAACCCCCAAGCUGCUUCUCCUCCCUCUCCUGGAAAAAUGCGCUCACAUGUCAGUCAUUCAAUCGAUCCCCGGUCUCGGUGUUUGCACGCAGUUUAUGGAAGAAGUCCACGGGCCUGACGGAAGACCACUCAGACGUGUUGACCCGGAGACGAACAAGGAAGAGAUAGUCAAGCAGCCGAUGAUCACGACCGAAGGGGUCAAUCUUUUGGCGAUGCGCGACUACCAGGACCAAAUCUACCCACAUUCAAUUUACACCAAUUCAGUGCACGAUAUGUUGAAAUACUACGGAGUCGAGGCGGCGCGAGCGGCGAUUGUCAAGGAAAUCGACACUGUCUUUAAAGGACACGGAAUCGGUGUAGAUGCACGGCAUCUAAGUCUCAUUGCUGAUGCCAUGACGCAUUCCGGCAGUUAUCAGCCUUUCAGCCGGCAUGGUCUCGUAAAAGAAGGGGGAAGCUUAUUGGCAAAGAUGAGCUUCGAGACGGUCAUGGGAUUCCUCAAGGACGCGGUGUUAUUCGGAGAACGGGAUCCGUUGCUGGGUCCUAGCGCACGCAUUGUGGCAGGGAGGAGAGGAAAUAUCGGCACGGGUGCGUUUGAUGUAGUCAUGCCUGUACAUUGA